AUUCGACCAACAUUCGACGAGCUUCCGCAUCGUAUUGAAUGGGAUUGGUUUUCCAGGAAUUUCUAAAAAACAAAUUCUGCUAUUGGGUAACGGAUGCAUUCCGAUAUUUUCAACAUUUGAACGCCGAUCGGAUGUUGCAAAGAAAAAACGGUCAGAAGGAGGAAGAUAAGAAAGAGAAAUUGAAAUAUAGUCUAUUUCGUUCACCUCUUUCCGAGGCAAAAGAUGUAGAAGAAACAAUAUUGCUAUUGCAAUCUAAGGAAAAAACCACUCUAUUGGCAGUUAUAGAGGCUUUGUCAAAGUAUGCUAGUAAAUCGAAAGAUAAUGUAAAGAUACUUUUCGAUCUCGGCAUCGUGAAUAAUAUUCUUCCUAUCCUUGAACACGAAGAUUUAUUUGUUCGAAGAUUUGCUGCAAAAUUUCUGAUAGAAAUGAUGACAGUGCCAGAUAUGACAACUUAUUUCAUUGAGUCUAAUUAUUUAUUACAUUUCGUGAACUUAUUAACAAGUGAAGAAGAUAUCUUCAUGCAAGAAUAUUUUUCUAUGAUACUAGCGAGAUUGUGCAGAAAUCCAUAUGAUACUGCUCUUCUGGCAAACCUUUCUUUAAACAUGAAUUUUCUUUUUGAUGGGAUACAGUCAUCAGAUCCAGAUGUGAAGAAGAAUAAUCUAGAGAUUCUAUAUAAUUUAAUGCAAGAUCCUGUAGCUGCACGUACAAUUUUAAAAACUGAGAAGUUUAAUUUCCCUCUGUUGUAUCAACAAUUUGAAUCAUCGUAUCCAGAGAUUCAAUGCCUUGCACUAAAUGUAGUUCUUGGUAUAAUUGAGAGGAAUAAAGAUGAAGAUAUACAAUCUUUAUUCCAUGAAACAAAUGGAGUUGAAAUAUUAUUAAAUUUUCUGAAAAAUGAGUGGGAUAAUUUACAUAUUAAAGCUCUAAGAAUAUUAUGUUUUGCUGCUGAGAAUCCAAUUACUGUAGAUAAAUUUAUUGAAAUUAAAAGUAUUCCACAAAUAUUAAAUUAUAUAGAGCAUGUAGCAACUCCAAAACUUUUUGUGGAAGCAUUGAGAGUCAUUGUACAUAUUGCAAACACUUCAAAUGGAAGAAAAGUUUUAUUUUCGUAUGAGAUUAUUGAAUAUUUAAUAGACGCAUUACAACAAUGGACGCAACCCGAUAUUGCUGAAAUUGUUUGUUAUGGGAUUGGAAAAAUGGCACUUUUUAAUCUUGCUGCAAAGGAAUUUGCAAGCAAAAAAAUUGUUGAAAUUAUUUUAGAAAAGAAUGGACGAUAUUAUUUUAUAAAAGCGAGUGGACCUCAAAGAUUGUAUUCUCUCAUUACUGAUACGCAUUCUAUCUCAGUAAUAAAUUCUGCGGUACAGCUUGUACAGACAAUUUCCACAGAUUUAAUUGUAGCAAAUGCAUUUAUAGAAAACAACUACCUUUCAUACAUGUUAAAUAAUCCUUUAUCUUCGAGAGUGAUACCUUCAUGGGAUACUUGUAUAGAGACACUUUUUAAAUCGAAUUUACCAGUUAAAUUUGCCAUUACGGGACGUCUCUCUCUACAAGAUGUUACUGAGGAUGGAUUUUAUAUUUUACGAAGGAAUAUAUGUCCAUUUCCAGUAUUGCAUGAUAUGUUUCGAUUUAAAUAUUGUCCAUUGGAGCCUAUUUAUGUAGUAAAUGGUGUAAAAUCAGCGGUUUUAUCGAGUACUUUACAAAUAGCUCAUAAAGGUAAUAAAAUGUUACAUAAUGCAGAAUUAAAUCAUGAUUUUAACAGCAAUGGAACAUAUUUUAUUAAUGUGGCAUAGAAAUUCGAUAUUUUAAAAAGAGAUUUGUUUUAAAAGGAUUUUUAUUUGUAGAAAGUACAAAUGUAUUGCUUGAAUCAAAAUUUGAGCAAUUACAAUACGAUCCAUAUUUUACUGAAUAUGUGGAACUCUUUAAAUGUAUGAUUUUAGCAACGGAAUCAAAAAGAGAUGUGUUAGUAGGAUUUUUAAAAUGAUUUGGCAUUAUAUGUAUAUAUAUAUAUAUAUAUACUAAUUACACAAUUACACUUAUAUAUGAUACAGAAAUAUGUCAGAUACAGAUAAGUUGACGAAUAUCCAAUACGUUCCUUUGCGUGCAAAAAUGUUAGCUCAGUUUGUGGCGCGUCAAAUGUCCGGUUUCGAUUCGACAAAUAAGUGCAUCGAUCAUCAGCUUGAAAUUCACUUGAGGAAAAUCAAAGAAUGUUUAGAAGUGAACAUAAUUCCAAUCGGGCAACUCCGCGUAGGUUCUUAUCUCGAACGAGCUUUGCUCUUCAAGGCGAUAGCUGAUAGAAUAUGCCUUCCAGCAGCUCUUGUACGCGGGGAAUACGGUAUAUCGUGGGUCGAAAUAGCAGUACCUCAAGUAAUAUUAUCAUUUGUACUAUAGAUACAUUUUUUAUUAAAUUGCUUAGAAUUUAUUGAAUGUCUUCUAUAGAUAGAAGAUUCGAAUGAAGAAAAAUUAUUUAACACUUAUUUAGAUGAAAACAAUGCAUAUCAUGAAGAAAUAGUUACAUCUGCUUCUCCCAGAUUAUUAGAUAAAUCAAAUGUCUUCACACAUAACGAACAUAAGAUUGAAAAAAUAUCUUCAAAAAAUUAUCGAUCAAUAGUUUAUCCAACUAAACUUAUAAAACCGAAUUUUAUUGUUGAUUUGAUGGAUAUACCGGGAGACUUGAUACCGGUCGGGAGUCUUCGCUCAAAAUUAUAUUGCAGAAAAAGGAUGACCUACAAUAAAAUAUGUUGCCAUUGAAGAUUGAGUUGCAUUAUUAUAAGAAAAAUGUCUUGUACAAAUAGUUUUACUAUUUUAAUAAUACAUUUUUCUCUUUGUUCUUAAA